AUUCGAUUGUCGUUGCUAACCUAAUAGCUAGGCCAUAGAGUUUCUGCCGGCUCUCGAUCAACCGGCUUGUAGUUGUGACCUCUGAUGACCUCGAAAGCAGCGCUUAGCAACAGCGCGAGUUUCUCUGUGCUUUGAUUAAUUAAUAGCUUUCCAGAUGUAGUUAAAGUAGGCGUUUACAGGGUGUUCUUCAAUCUCGACGUCUUUUAUUCCCUUGAAAAUUUAUGCCAUUUUAAUUACUUGUUGGCUUGUAUCUCAAUACUUAUUCAUAAUUAUAUUUUAUUGAUAACGUUUGAAGAUACAAAUUUGUUAUUAAUGUUAUCAGAACUUGUUGAUUGCGAAUAAUAAAGUUGUUUUUAUUAAACAUUCUGUUUAUAAUUAUUUUUCAAAAAUGUUGGAUCGUUUUGUUCAAAGAUAAGUGGUAGAUAAGGUCAAGAAAAUAACAAUGGUUUCUAAAUUUGACUUCCAGCUUACAGAUAUCUUUAGGUUUUUAACCCAGUUUUCAACAGUUUACAUUAGUUUAGUAGGUAGAUAAAAUGAGAAAGAUUAUCAAUGUGAAAAAUACCUAUUUCAUUUUCUUUAAAUAAUGUUUUUAUACAUAAUAAUUAUUAUAGCUAAGAUGAUCUGUUUCUGAUAAGUGAAAAAGUGUUUUUUAAGAAGUCGAAAGAAUAUGUAGAUUAUAAAGACUUCAUAAUUCAAAAAAUAAGUCUUAGUUCAUACAUUAGUCAAGUCCACAAUACAUUGUUCUUUUUUUUCAUUACCCGUUAAGAUUAUUUCUAUAAAGGAUUUUAGAAAAGUACCUAUUCAAAAGGACUUCUAUAAUAGAAGACUUCCAUAUAUCAGAUAUACUUUGAAUAAAAAUCCUCAUUUUUCCUUUUUUUUAUUACAUUUCUUCCUACUCUUGUCAAUAUAAAUGUAUUGUAUUGUAAUGUUCUAGUUUUUCAUUUUUCGGUUCUCAUCCUUCUCCAAUUUGCAUAAUAGGAUUUUCUCAUGUCUUUUCAACUGCAACAUAUAAAACUUUAAUUUCUGUUUCUUCUCGUAGUUGUAAAUCUUAUUCUUUAGAAAAUACUGCUUCAAAAAAUCUCGUAGAGACACAUAAAAGUUGUUUACAUGUAUCUACUCAAAGAAAGUUAACAUAUACCUUGUUUAAAGUUAUAUAUAAAUUUAUGGUAAUGUAUAAUACUUAUUCUAAAUAUAAAAACAACGAAAACAAAGCUAUAAAUUCUAGUCAAGCCUUCUAUAGUUGACAAGCAAAAGAGAAUGAUUAUCAAUCAAUUAAAAUAAUAGACACACGUUCUUAUUUGAAUAAAUUUACAUAUUUUGCAAUGCAAAAGUUCGAUCAUUAAAGUAAUCGAAUGACUACUAAGUAAACACUUAGCGAUACAUUAGUUCUUCAUAUAGAUUUUGUAUGUACAUUAACGAGAAAAACAUGGAAAGAAAGCUUUGGAAAGGAGCCAAUUUUCAAAAGUUUACAUUCAAAAAUAUAUCAGUCAAAGUUAGUUUAGAGUUCAUUAUAUUAUAGUAGUUAAAAAAUUUAAUUUAUCUAAAAAUAUAUUACAAUAAGAUAUGUGAAAAACAGAAAUCGGUGAAAAAUAGCAUUAGUUUUUGUUCAUCUAGUAAAUAAAAGAGUUAGUUUUCCUUUGCGUUUGUACGAUCCGAACAAAAUGAAGGUCAACAUAAGCAAUUAUUAUCUGAUUUUGUGUGUUACAAAAACUUAAAGAACUACGGUCGGUUUAACAAUGUACGAAACUAGACUUUAUGUCUUCAGGAUGAGUCAGUCGUAACCUUCAAGGUAUGAAAUCGAUAGAAAUAUAGUCCAAUUCGUUAUAUAGAAGCAGCAAUUUGUUUUUACUUCUUAUCUAACAGUUGUUGUUACAAAUUCAUGAUAUGGAACGGGUUUUUCGUAAUGUAUAUUUUUAUUUGUUUGAAAGAAGUGAAAAGGAGAUAAGACGUUUCAUAUGGAAUUAUCUGGUUUUAACUCGUAUUUGUAAAAGUAGAUGCAGAAAUGUUUGACUUUUGAUAGUAAUAGAAAUUGUUUAUUUGUUCGUUGCGGGUACAAUGCUCCCAAAAGCUAACACUUUUCUGCGUAUUCGUUUUAUUACAAAUUACAAUUACUAGGCCAUAUUUACUAUUUGAGAGAUUACACAGAACAAUUUUUGUUUGAUCCAUUUGAGCAAAAAAAUCAUCGAUCCCGUAUCUUAAUGACUAGGAAACACUCCUAGUUAUGUAAUUUAGUUAAAUAAUAAUACCUCAAGUUCCAAAACAAGAUUGGUUUUUUUCAUAGCUGUUUAAAAGCGAGGUCAUUUGUGAAAUAAAUCAAAUCAUCUGGCUUUGUUCGGGACUAGCGAUACCACGCCUCCUUUUACACGGCAACAAGUUCGGAGAUACGUGCCCUGCAGAAUAAUUCAAGCGAGAAAGAGACGGAUAAUGCUUCUCGCGUCGAGUUUAUAACCGGUUGCUUUUUCGAAGGGUAGAUUCAUCUGUAUUACACAAAUUAGGGACUGAAUGAACAAAGGAAUACUUUUUUAGGAACUGAUAUGAACCGGAGUCCUUUUUUAAUAAAAGAAAGCUUGAUAAUUUAAUGCUGAAAUGGAAUAAUUUAUUCUACAAGUUACUGUUCAUCUCCUGGAACCGGUUUUGAGAGUGUGUUUCAAUCGCUAUUACCUGAGAAAUAGUGAUUAAUGUGAUUAUGUUAAAGAUUGCGCUGAAUAAAUUACUACAAAAGACGUAUAUCUCAACACAGUAGCUACCUGUUCAUUUUUAUAAAACCACCGAUCCAUUGUUAAAGCGAGAAAUAAGAUUACCUGAUCUUCCGUCCCUUAUUCUUUUGACGAACCUGUCGUAAAAGGCACACAAAAGAAAACUUGGGAUUGCCUUUACACACCUGACUCUAACAACAGAAAUUGAAAAAUAAACAAAUACUAUCAGGUGACUAAUAGUAUAUUAUAGUCUUGGUAGAAAAAGUAAUUUUAAAUAAAAAAAAGAUCGAUUAAAGGAAGAUAAUCAUUUAUGAAAAGUUUUAUUAUUUUUAUAACAUUUAUUUACGAUUUUAUUUUGUUUUCAGGCUGUGAACCAGAAUAUAAUGAAUUUUUCCGAUUAGAAGAGACGUCCCUGAUAGAAGCUUUAUCUAAGCGUCUCGAAGGAGAGCUUAGGACUGCAAAGAGAACCCAUCUUUCGGUAGGAGAAGUACUUCUUCCCAAUGGACUGACGCAUUCGAUAGCCAAAGAUCUUUUUUACUUGGCCGAUUCUGAACCUUGUGGACUUCGGGGGUGCACUUUGUAUAUAGACUUUGAGAACAAUGAUCUCAAGACGAAUUUAAGCCAGGUCAAGUGCGAUGCUUCGACUCCUUCUACCUUCGAAGUGUACUUGACGCUGAAGCAGGCGACCACUGGAUGGAAUUCGUUUCUGCCACAGUUUCUUAAAAAAAUCACAAAUUCUGGAGCACUUAUGAUAAGUUCGGAAUAUGGACUUACCAAGAAGCAACUGUAUCGUUCGAGUUACUAACUCGACUGAUUUUUGAUAAUAAUAUGUGAUCAUUCACACUCAUAUACGUACACAUUUACAUUUACGAGUAUCUCGAAAUUUUUUUUUAUUUCAUUCACGUUUUUGUAUUCAUAACUAUAUCAUUAGUUGUAAUUGUUUGUUUCUUUAUCAAGUUAGUUAACAUUGAGUUGUAUGUGUAAGAUAUAAAAGAGUUUUUAAGGUUUUUGGUAAUUUUAAAAAUUCUAAAAUUGUGAUAUAGGUGUGCAGAUUAUAAAAGUGUUAUAUUCAUAUUUUUUGUGAUAUUAGUUCGAUACGAAUUUUAUUUUUAUAGAAUAGGUGCGUUCAGCUGAUAUUUGGUUCAGAACUGAAAAAGUACAUGGGGGGAUAUGUGUGUACAGUACCCUGACUAAAUAUUAUUGCAUAUGUUAUGCUACCAUUUAGUUUGAAUCUUUAAGUGUACUGUACAUAUGUAAUUCACUAUGUAAGUGUGAUUUGUUCAGUAUUAAAACUUCUUUACCAAAUAUACUAAGAACACAAUCUGAUCUCAAAUUAAUAUAGAUUUGUUAGAUAUGUGGGAAUUUUUAUACAUUUUUAAUAGAAGUCUUCAUAAGAUUUAUGUACUUCCAUACUAAUAUGUCUAGAUUUGUAAACGAUAUACAUGGAAGAAAAGAACUUCAUAUCCCAGUAUAUACAAUAUCCGACAUGACACUUUUUACAAAAAUUUUUUAUAUAAAGUACUAAUUACUUACUUUGUUCUCUUCUUCUGUGGGUGUUGUUUGGAUUUAGUUAUAAAAUCAAAUAAAUGUCUGUACCAAGAAAAAAAAUAAUGGAGAAAAAAAUAAUAAAUCUUUGAAGUAUGUU